UCCUCCCUUUCCGCGAGUCUGAAAAUGGCCGCCACCAGGUACCGUCGCUUUCUCAAGCUAUGUGAAGAAUGGCCCAAAGACGAAUCGAAGAAAGGUCGAGAUUUGGGGACUUUUUUACGGCAGAAGGUGGCCAGUGUAUUCAGAGAGGGCGAGAACACUCAGAUCUCUGACCCAGAAAAAUGCAAUCAAAUGUAUGAAAGUCUGGUGCGCAUCAACAGCAACGCUUACAAAGAAAAGUUUCCAAGAGUAAAAGACACAAGUUUUACUGGUGUGACAGUGGAAGAGUGUCGAAUGAUCCUAGGAACAGGAACUAUGCAACAGAUGGAUGAAGAAAAGAAAGGAUUGUGGAAAACACUAAUGCAGCGAUUCUCCUCUAAACCAGAAGAUGCAGCUGUGGAAAAGCCAGAAAAGUAGAUAUUUUGCACUAUAAGCUCCAGCCUAGCACACUUGUUAUAAAACUUGUUGCUACCUUUUUUUUUUUUUUAAAUAUGUGUAUUGUACAGUUUCAUUCUUAUCUGCUGUAUGACAAUUCAUGUUUAACAUCUUUUGUCCAUAAUUUGUAAACAAUUAAAGAUUCAUUGUAUUCAA